AUGGCGGCUUUGGAAGGGCGCGCUGUGGCAGAACUCGUGUCCGAGUGGGUGCAGCUGCGGCAUGCGGCGCUCCAGUCUGCAGAGAUGCGCGGAGGUUCUUGGCCAGAAGAUGUUCUGCCCUUCAGCCCAGACGGCCCAGGCAAUGCAGGCCUCGGCCAGCGGGCACGCCUACUGCCCUUGCAGAGCCUUCGGCCGCUUCGCGAGGCAGCACUAGCCACGCCCAACCAGCACCUGAUCGUCACAUGGACCACGGGCGCUUUCGCCCAUCUUGCGCUCAAUCUCGCCCUCUCCGUCCGACAGAACGUGCCGCAGCUCGAGGCCUCACUCGCAGUUGUUUGUCUGGAUGGGGAUGCUCAACACCUCCUCACAGCCAGGGGAUUCUUUGCCGUUCUUCUGCAAGGUCCUACAGACGAUGAUGCCGUCAAGAACCCCUGGCAGAAUGAUGAUCUUUGGAAGUUCAAGUAUCGCCUGAUGGCUUCGCUGAUUUCUCUAGGCGUGUCGGCCCUGGUGCUCGACACAGAUGUGGUGCUCCUCUCUGACCCCUUCCUGCAUCUCCGACAUGACGCGGACUUCGAGGUCAUGACAGAUCUAUUCUUUCCAGAGUCGCAGCUGCUGUCAACCACAUUGCGGCCAGAAGACAACAUCAACACUGGUUUCGUCUUCCACAAGAGCAACAAUGCAGCGCUGCAGCUCAUACUCGCAUUUCUGGACUCCUUCGAUGCGCUUAUCUGGCAAGGCUUCAAGCGGGACUGGUUCAAUCAACGCGCUUUCAACAAGCUGGUGUUGGAGUGGGUGGAUGCAGGUGCUGCCAAGGUUCUCUAUGGAGCCGAGUCCUGGUGUUCCUUGCGAUCCGGCCCUGGCCAUUGGACCAACGUGGGAGGCGUUCCCGCGACGGAGCCAUGGCGAUCGCGGACCUGCGGCGAGUGCGACGUGACGAUCCGAGUGCUGGAUCCUGCAGUCAUCGCACACGGCAUGAACUAUUUCUGGCGCCGGGCGCAUCUUCUCCCGCCGCUUCAGGGCUUCGAAGUCGCUGCUGUGCAUGCAAACGGUGUGGAGCCCAAAGAUUACUUCUUGCGAGACAGGGGCCUCUGGUAUUUGGACGACUUCGCGGAGCGCUUUGGUGAGCACCCCCGCUUCUUUACCUACGUCCACGCAAGAGGCUCUACCUUGACAGAGGACUUCGAGGAUCUGGCAGCCGCAGUGGAGGUGGCGAUGUUGCUGCGAAGGCGAGUUGUACUUCCAGACACCAUGAACUGCCGCAACUGCCCAGCCUAUGGGCCCUAUGGGUUCCAUGCAUGGCCACGAAGCCCGCAGGGUGAGGAGCUUGGCUGCACCUUCGACUACUUCUCGCGUGCUGGGCUGGCCAUGGGGGAGUGGCUGCGGUUUGCUGCAGAGUCUGGGGUCGCGAAGCUCGAGCGCUUCCGGGCCCUUGGGAGAGCCAGGUUGGGGCACUUGGAGGACGUGAGAAGUGCCGUGUCAAAGCUCCGGGGCCGAGCAGCUGCCGACUUGGAGGCCGCACCCGUCCUGGACUUCGGUGCCGAUGUUCCAAUCCGCGCCUUGCGCGACCUUCUCAAGGCUGCAGUGGGUGGAGAAGCCCUGGACUCCUUGCCAUGCGCCUGGAGAGCAUGGCCUGCCACCACCUAUGCUUGCAGAGAUGCCUUCCUUGUCCCGACAGCAGGCGCCUUGCACGUCUCGCCCGAGGGCCUCUCAGACUGCGACGGGAGCUCGCAAGCGGAGUGCGGCGUGUUGCCGUUUAUGUGCUGCGAAGCCUACUUCGGAUGGGCGGAGAAGUUCGAAGCUUUGGGCCCAGGCGCACCGGCAUGGGAUCUGCCAUGCGGCUGUGGCUUGCGGCACUGCAAGGAGAGCCGCCCAAGACCUGGAGAGGUGUGCUGUGAGCCCUUGGCAGAAGCUGCAAGGAAGAAAUUCGGUGUGAGCUGUGGAUCGAAUCCGAGCCCGGUCAGUGCGUUGCCGCGGCUGGUUCCCGACGACACUGACACAUACAGCAGCUCUUCGUUGCGAGAGCUUGCCAAGGGGCGCCUGAGCACGGAGGAUGCCCAUCGGCUGUGCCUCACAAAUGCAGCCCUGCACUUGCGCCAGGUCGGCAUCGAUGCGCAGCACCGAUGUGAGGCGAUGCUUGAGAACUUCAUGGCCGCCCAGAAAGGUUUCGCCAAAGAUACGUCGUGA